AUGAACACCGAGACGAAAGAGGAAAACGUUGCGAAGUUGGUAGAUAUCGCCAUGCGGUUCCAAGAAUUUACGCUCGUUACCGUUAGCGCUGCAGAACAGGUACAUCUUCAUUUAUACUUACAUUGUGUAGAGGCAGAUGGAAACGGCAAGAAAGGAGCAAAUAAUCAGAAGAACACACGUGAUGAAGAUGAUCUAUUGAGUGAUAGCCUUUCGUGAAGAUCUGUUUUUUUUUUGUGACUAUGUUCAAGAAUACAAGUAGUAGAAAUGAUUAUGAUCAUUUGGUGUAGUUUAUUUUAGUACUAGCAAUUAUGCUAGUAGUUUGAUUGCUCGACGAUUUCGCUUGGGAUCAUUUACUUCCAUGCUUUGUGUUCUCUUGAUCAUACUCCUUUAAACUCCAGGUUAUCCUUGAGGACCUGAAGAAAAAUGUGGAUGACGCCUUGAAACAAGCUUGGAUUGAUUACCUGGACGUGGCUGCUGAGGGGCAGCAACUGGCGCUGGAAAAAUGGCUCAAGGGAGUGCACCUGCACACUGCAGACGACAUCCAAGAAACCAUCCAGAUCAAGGUGCGGAUCAAACUCCUCUUUGCGACUGCGUCGUCCACGAAGCCGGAAGUGACAAAUUUGGUGGGCGGAGGAGAUGAUGAUCAGAAGGGGAACGGUUGGACUAUUGACAAGCCCCUGCCGAAGUUCCUACUAUUCCUGCUCUCUCGAGUACCAAGAACACGAGCCGAGGACACUCUCUUAUGGUUCUGGGCUAUACUGUGGCGCCAUUCUAUUAUUAGGGGAAAAAGUCAGCGGAACACUGCAAAAGCCCGGACAAAAUUCAACUUCAUCUGGGGGGGUGGAAGUCAAUGCCAAAUCCUGAAAACUGUCGCCGCAUAUUGUUGCCCUUCGGCGACGUCCCUCGCCUUGGUUUCGGCGAAGCGCUCCGGGCGUCAUGAGAAGCCCCGCGCCCCUCCAGAAUCUCCAGGCAUCUGCUUGCUGCCUGAUGUGGUGGGUUCUGAUGGGGCGCGAAGAGACACAGAAAACAAAGACAAGAGACGCACGAACCGGAAAGAAGACAAGGAAGGGGGGGCAUCGUUAAGCAGAGCACUCCCGUGACGGUAUGGAGACAGCUUUGGCCGUUUUCGCACAGUGCGGGGCUGACUUUUCACGCAAGUCGAUAAAAAGCGCGCCAGUCGAGUUUCAUGCUUCAGUCAUCGCCUUCCAUUACAAAAGCGCCUGGGUUACCAAACUAGAUCGAGGUCCUCUAGGAAGACUACUUUUUUUCGUGGUGUAUCUCUUUGCAAUAGGCUCGUCAAGCGUCGUUUCCCUUUCCCCUGUUUGGCGACAGUGAGGCGAGUCAGAAUGUUGAAGACCGUGGGAGACGAAAAGUGUAACUACUUUCUCGCUCAUCUUGCGACGGCCGUGAUUGUUUUGCCAAGAAAAAAGAAGGAGGCAGCGCUUAAAAUGAUUUCAAAAUUGCUCCAUGUUGAGCACUCUCAACAUUUUGUUCGUAUCUAGAAAGAUCAUUGUACCACUAGCAACGAGGACCAUAACGAUUAUAGUAAAUGAUAGCUUUUUUGAAUUUGUGCACCUUCAUGAUGGAUACUCAUUAUCACUUUUGAACCCAUCCUGCCGCCCAUUUCAUACAAGCCGUUUUGGACGGACACGCAGCACAUAACAUCGCGGUGGAACCAUCUCGAGUUUGUGAUUGAUGCGAUGCAGGGAUUUGUUGCGGCCAAGUGGAUGCGGAAAUUUGAAGGAGAGGAUGUUGCUCAAUUGAAGAAUAUGGAAGUGGAGCCAGCACUGCGGAGUGCUUUUGAGGUGAUGGAGCGACUGUACCAGCAUGGGCAAGAACGGUCGGGUUCGGUCCAGAACGAUGAUCAACCGUAUGACCCAAACGCACACGCACUAGACCACUGUGACGAAUUGCACACUACCUAGGUGUAGCGACGAGCUAUUUCCAGAAAACAGCUAAAAAUAGUUUACCUACUUAUACCAUCUUCAGAACUACGGUUAGUUUUUAUCAUUAUUCAUAAUUGCCUAUAACACAACCUCCUGGGCUAUAACACCUCCGGAAUAAACCCGUAGAAAUCCCUAGGCUGUUUCUCCAUGUAGAGUAUAGCUCAUCCUCUGUGUCGUUCUGCCCUUUCCUUCAAUCAAAGAAAUAGGAUGACAAGAAACUGGAAGGAGUGACAUAAUAGUACUCAAGAUUCUAUCUAAGAUGACUAAUACCCUUACAAUCUAGCACCUUCAUCAUUCUUCUUUUUAUGAUUAUGCAUUCAUUGAUGAUGUAGGGAUCGACUGGCUUAGGUCCAGCGACGCGUAAAGCGCAUUUAGAAAAAGUAGCCGGUUGGCUUUUCCCUCAUGAUCAUCCUAGGUUUGUCUCUCAAAUCAAGAACAAAUCACAACUACUCAUUCUUGUUUUGCGUGAACAGUAAGAAUAAGAUUGCCGUAUGCCACUGCAACCACAGAAGAGAAGCUACCUAUGAUAGUAGUACGCUGUAGUGCGCGCUUCUACUUGUUUAGAUUCGAUUAUUGCCUUGGCCUUGUCUUUUUGAUUUUUUAUUUGUCCUCUCUCAUAAACUGGACGAAGGCGGCAAAGACCAAGUAGAUGAAGACUUUUUGCGCAUGUUGCAGGAGAAAGCGAAGCAAUUUAAGGCUCAAUAUAUUUUACUUCUAAAAGUCUCACAUCUUCACUUGUCUCGAUUUCUUUCUUAGGAUUGAAAGAAAUGUAGCCAAGAUCAAGAAAUGAAUUGUCUUGAGGUCUUCUAAGCAUUGGUGCGUCUGCGCUUCUGACGGCUACGAAAGCGCGUUUCUUGUUGGUGGAGGUUUUUUUUUAUGGCUAGUUCUAGUCGCCAUCAUGCGCAUGACCACGAGCAUUCGAUAAGCAACAAUGGGUCGGCUUCGCUUUAAAGAAUAACCCUGCGCCCACCCCGCGCCUGGACAGACGAUCUAGCCCGAUGGCCUCUCUGCAAACUUCGCGACCAAAAGCGUCACGCUUUUGGUAGUUCUGUCCCAUGUUCUCGGCCCCUAUUGUAGCCAAGGAAGGGGCUGUGGGCUUUCUAACGACGCUUUCUAGCGAGUAUUAGUUUUGGUGACGCCGACGGGCCCCCUUGCGGUGCGGCGUCUACUCCUUUCGGCUGUCGCUAUUUUACUUUAGAGAGUGAGAGACCCACUUGCAGGGAGGUUCGGUGACCGUUAGAGCCACUGGAUGGAAACUUCGACCGUGCGUUUGUUGUUGUCUUACUUUGUUGGGAAAGUGCGCGCUUUGUAGGGGGAACGAAAAAAGGAGCUCCCGGAAGGAAACAGUCGCGCGAAGGGGAUACAGGAGAGGCGCCGCAAAUUAUGCACAGCUGAGCGAGCUUGCCUGCGGGGCUGCGCGGCUGCGCGGCGUCCUCUCGGUUGUGUAAGUGCAUGCGGCUGCGCCCCUGCCCUCCGUUGGGCCACGGAUUCCCCAACAGUAUUGUCCACAGGAGGUCGAGGACUCGGACCCACCCGGAGCUCCUUUGCCUGCCGUGGCUCCCGCUGCCUGGCUUAGAAUGCGCCUCCUUUAAUGUCCUUAUAUGUAGGAGCUGUUGGACCCCCUGCGGCCCCGCUGAGUCUAUCUUAAGCUUGUCUUAUUCAUCCGCGACCCUCUGGUCUUUUAGCUUCUUUUUGUGGCUUCUUUUUCGUUUUCCCACCUCCAGACGCCUCUCUGGCUCUGUCUGGGUCUUCUUGUUCUUAUGAUCUUGACACAGUGCCUGGUGGGCCUCCGCGGCCCGUUGAAAAUGCUUGUCGUCACUUCUGACAACUCUCGCACGCCAUCCAACCCUUCGCCCCCUUCUCCCCUCUACUCGUAUCAUGUCUGUAGCGCUCUCGCUACUGCAUGCCAGUGCCCCUUCUGGUGUGUGUGUAUCGAUAGCGCACUGCGGGCCCCCUUGGUACUCAUCUUCGUGGGCUUUUUCAGGCAACACGUCAGUCUUAUCGCAGGCUCUGGCCCCUUCUCAGGUUUCUACUCUCAUCACCUUCGCGCGCCUCCUCCUCCCCCUGGGUGCUCCAGAGCUUUCCCAGCCCCUCUGCCCCUUCUAUCUGGGCUGUAUCGCUACUCCGCCCCUUGUCGGAUUUCUGGGCAGUCAAAACUCGACCAAGGGCCCCACCGCUAGCACUGUUGCGGCCAGGCGGGUUGGGGUUUUUCUUUGCUUGGGUGUUUCUCGGUUAAUUAUAUAAAUAUAGGUCAGGCCCUAAGGUGCCUCUAGGUAAGCUGAAGCCAGUGGCUUUAGCUUAUUAGUACGGUGGGCGCGCCACGUUUUCGCUCUUAAAUUAUUGGUGGUAGGAAAGCUGCGAAGCUAACGCCAUACUUGCUUCACCCCUGAGCCUCUUCGGAGCCGCGUUCCCGCCCCUCUCACGGGGCCAGCGAAGUUGCUUGGCGACUGGGGGGCGGGUGGCGAUUUGGUAUAGACUUGGAAAGAAGUGCUGCGUGUAGAUUUGCUUUUUCGAUGGGGGGUUGGGGAGUCUACUGGUUCGCCGAGGGCGUUGCCUUCCAGUCUUGACGUUGGUAUGCUAAUGUUUGGGCAAAAUUCGGACCGCUAGAUGUAUCUAUGAGGAUGGACGGGAAAAACGCCUCAGGCCGCCGCUGGGGCGAUCUGCUUUUUUUGUGGUUCUGUUUGGCAUAGUACAAGUACAUGCGUUCUUUGCUGUUCUACGGCGGCAGAUCUCGCGUGCUCGUGGAUCGUGUUUCGGACCGGGAGGGUCUCUAUAUUCUAUUUAUUUAUAUAUAUAAGUACUUUUGUGUUUGUGAAUACAAUAAACUGUCCUCCUUAAUAUUUCGGAGCCGAAUAUAGUUGUAGUUGGUUGAACUUUUCUGGUCAUGAUGUUUCCUUUCUUCUAACAAUCGGUCGGCCGUUCUUCAGCAACAUUCGGGAAUUACUAGCGGGCCAGGGCAAUUUCGGCGGAGACUAUUUUUUCGCGGCAGCUCCUGGCCCCGCCGGUGAAAACACGCCGGCAGUAGUGGAUACUUUCGGAUGUGCAGAAGAAGAAACUAGAAGUAGUAGUACAUAUGGAAUGACGCCGCUUUUGGCUGGAAAGCGCGAGCAGAUAGGUGACAGCGAGUCCGUGCUUGGCAGCAACCAGAACGACAUGAUGAUGAUCAGCUGCACAGCACGCACACCGACGAUGUCCAAGCAGGUAUUGUUCUGUCCUGGCAUUACUGACAUCACGCACAUCAAAAUCGGCCUGCCUCCUUGUCUAAAAGCUGUAAAUGCUGUGGCUGCAAGAACUCUCAGAGACAAGAAUAAAGCUCUCUUAGAUUUUAUAUCCCGUCGAGAGAAUGCGCGAGCGUAUGGUCGCAUGGCCAAGCUCGUCAUAGCGGCUAGGAACACACUAGGCAUGAAUGUCAAGGACAAGGAUACUUCGAGCGAUGCUGAGUCGACGUGGACGCGACCACAGGGACCUGAAGAUCCGGGCACGUUGGAUAAUCCGAACCAACGGUGAGCUAAGGGUUUUGAUCAACUAACACACCAGCAGGUGGGCAGAACAACUUCCACUAACUAGCGCAAGGACACUGCAGUACUACGGAGAUCAAGACGUGGACACUUUUGAACUACUUACUCCAAAGCGUGGGAUAGUGAUAAUCUUGUGGUUGUGGGACACCUUUCGCUCAUUCCUCAUCGUCAUAUUAAUGGAACAAAUUACUUGGCUGCUCAGUAUUUUUUCACAGGCAACAACAUUCAGCUACCAGCAGUGGAAGCACAGCCAUGAAAUUACAGAACCACACGAAGUAAGCAUAAGCAGAUCCAGCGCAAGAUAUCAUGAAGUGAGUAACUGUUAUAGUCAGCAUAUUUAGUUGUAUGAGGUGCUCUGAAGCUAAAGUGUAUUAAUUUGUAUUUCGUGGCGUUCCACCUGGAAGAGUGAGAGUAGAAACAAGGCCUACCUCGUACGCCGAGAGGAGUGCCAGUUGUUUGUUUCCAGGAAAAAAGGACGAGAGCGCCACGUGACGAAUGUCGGAUACGGAUUGUCAAUCGGGGCUGCCGUGAUAAAAUAACAUGUUGAUAGAUGUUGACGCGACAUAGCGCGUCAUCAAGGAAGAGCCGGUGUAGCAACAAGAAAAUAGAAGGGAAUGAAAAUGACUAUUGCUGCCAAAGGCAAGUAUUUAAUGCAAUUUCCCCCUGAUCUUGACCUCCAUGCAUUCUCCCCGUCCCCUCUCCUUUGUUUGGCACAUGAGAUACUUGAUUAUUUAUGAGCUGGAACAAAUGCACAUUUAUUUUUUACACAAGAAAAAGCUGGGUUUUGGCUCAUCCUCUCAACUACAUCAGCAGAACUCUUCUCCCGGAAGUGGGUGCGCCGCGUCAUUCGGUAAUCGUCGCAACAAAUGCGAUAGUUUGCUAGUGCUAUAAGUAGGUUAGUCAACUCUUCUACUUACUGACCUUGGACGAAGAAGAUCUUCACCUGAACACGAAGCAUGAGGACAAUAAUCCGUGAC